AUCUGUCGAACCCUACUUAAUACCAGACUUCAAUUCACUACUGUCGGUAGCUUGAAUUGACAUAAAUACCUUAACCGCGUCGCUCUCAGAACGAGACGGAUCCACAGGUGUAGCUGGAACCACAACUUUUUGUCCGAAAGCAACGCUUGCCAGACUCCAACUGCCUCUCCGUCUUUUUGUCCAAAGCAAUCGAUAUUUUCGAACUACAAUACAGACUUUUAUUUUCAGUCUUUUUUUAAACGCAGCCUGAUUUUGCAAUCGAAUCUGGGUGCAAAUAGAUUUCAAUUUCAUAGCAUUUUUCUCAAUACCCCCCUCCCGAAGCUUAAUAGAACAUCUACAACAUGUCCGAUGCCUCUAUAGGGAAAGAAUCCCAGGAACAGAAGAAGAACAUCCCAUCCAACUCGUCCACCGUGUCAGACACAUCUUCCAUCAACGAAUACCAGGGUUUCAACAGAUCCACUGCUGCUGAUGUGCAAGAACUCGCCAGAACAAUCACCCAUGAGUCAUACACCUUUGAAAACGACCAGGCCUCCUCCAUCGGUCUUAUCAAGUACUUGUCGCACAUGUCGCAAGUGCCAGGUGUCAACCCAUAUGUUGAAGAAGAGACUAAUCCGGAAUUAGACCCCAACAGCGAGUCGUUCAAUGCCAAGUUCUGGGUCAAGAAUUUGAGGAAGUUGUACGACUCCGAUCCCGAGUACUACCAGCCUUCCAAGUUGGGUAUUGCCUACCGUGACUUGAGAGCCUAUGGUGUCGCUGCUGACUCCGACUACCAACCUACUGUGACCAAUGCCAUCUGGAAAUUCGCUGUAGAAACUUCUAGAACGUUCCAAAAAGAAGAUCCUUCGCGUUACUUCGACAUUUUGAAGCCUAUGGAUGCCAUAAUGAAGCCUGGUGAAGUCACCGUCGUCUUGGGAAGACCUGGUUCUGGAUGUUCGACUUUGUUGAAGACCAUUUCUGCCCAUACCUACGGUUUCCAUGUUGGCGAAGAAUCGAGAAUCACCUACGACGGGUUAUCGCCUCAAGAUAUCGUUGACAACCACCGUGGUGAUGUCGUAUAUUCGGCUGAAACUGAUGUCCAUUUCCCUCACUUAACUGUAGGAGACACCUUGGAGUUCGCAGCCAGAUUGAGAACUCCCCAGAACAGAGGUCUCGGCGUCGACAGAGAAACCUACGCUAAGCACAUGGCCAGUGUAUACAUGGCCACAUACGGGUUAUCUCAUACCAGAAAUACCAACGUCGGUAAUGACUUCGUUAGAGGUGUUUCUGGUGGUGAAAGAAAAAGAGUCUCUAUUGCCGAAGUAUCGUUGUCAGGUGCCAACUUGCAAUGUUGGGAUAACGCUACCAGAGGUUUGGAUGCCGCCACUGCUUUGGAAUUCAUCAGAGCCUUGAAAACUUCGGCCACUAUUUUAGAAGCCACACCUUUGAUUGCUAUCUACCAGUGUUCCCAAGAUGCCUACGAUUUAUUCGAUAACGUGGUAUUGUUGUACGAGGGCUACCAGAUCUUCUUUGGUAAAGCUGAAGAUGCUAAGACAUUCUUCGUCAACAUGGGUUACGAAUGUCCACAAAGACAGACUACUGCCGAUUAUUUGACUUCUUUGACUAACCCUGCUGAAAGAAUCGUCAUUCCAGGCUACGAGAACUCGGUACCUAGAACAGCCAAGGAGUUCGAAGCCUACUGGAAGAGCUCUCCAGAGUACAAAUCCUUGGUUGAAGAAAUUGAGCAGCAUUUUCAAGAUGUUGAAACCAAUAACGUCAAACAAUCAUACCUCGAUUCUCACGUUGCCAAACAGUCGAAACACCUCUCGCCAAAGUCGCCAUACACCGUUUCGUUCUUCAUGCAAGUCAGAUACAUCAUGGGAAGAAACUUUUUAAGACUUAAGGGUGAUCCUUCCAUUGCUAUUUUCUCAGUCUUUGGUCAAGGUGUUAUGGGUUUGAUCUUGUCUUCUGUGUUCUACAACUUGAGUCAAACCACUGAGUCCUUUUACUACAGAGGUGCUGCUAUGUUCUUUGCUGUGUUAUUCAAUGCGUUUGCCUCUCUUUUGGAAAUCAUGUCUCUUUUUGAAGCCAGACCUAUCGUUGAAAAGCAUAAGAAAUACGCUCUUUAUCGUCCUUCUGCCGAUGCUCUAGCUGGUAUCAUUACAGAAUUACCUACUAAGUUGUGUAUGUCUGUUUCGUUCAACUUCGUCUUCUAUUUCAUGGUCAACUUCAGAAGAACACCUGGUAACUUCUUCUUCUAUUGGUUGAUGGCUGGUUGGUGUACGUUGGUGAUGUCACACUUGUUCAGAUCAUUGGGUGCUGUGUCUACGUCUUUGGCUGGUGCCAUGACUCCUGCUACUGUUUUGUUACUUGCCAUGGUUAUUUACACUGGUUUCGUCAUUCCUACUCCAAAGAUGUUGGGUUGGUCCAGAUGGAUCAACUAUAUUAAUCCCGUGGGUUAUGUGUUCGAGUCGUUGAUGGUCAACGAGUUCCACGAACGUGACUUUGAAUGUGCCACUUUUGUUCCAACGGGUCCUAACUAUGUGAACGUACCUGAAGAUGCCAGAGUCUGCAAUACUGUUGGUGCCAGACCCGGCUCGAACAUCGUUCUGGGUACCGACUACCUUGCUCUUUCGUACCAGUACUACCACUCUCACAAGUGGAGAAAUCUCGGUAUCACUAUUGCCUUUGCUGUUUUCUUCUUAUUUGUCUACAUUGCGUUGACUGAGUUCAACAAGGGUGCCAUGCAAAAGGGUGAAAUUACCUUGUUCCUUAGAGGCUCAUUGAAGAAGCACAAGAAGGAAGCCAAGAAAGGUAAGGCUAACGUGGCUGACAUUGAAACCGCUGACACGAACGAAAAGAUUGGUUUCAGUGACGAAUUGGAUGCCACUAAGAACAAAUCGAGUUCCAACUCUGGCGAUAACUCCUUGCCUUCUUCUAAAGACAUUUUCCAUUGGAAGGACUUGACCUAUCAAGUGAAAAUCAAGAGUGAGGAGCGUGUUAUCUUAAACCACUGUGACGGUUGGGUUAAACCAGGCCAAUUGACUGCUUUGAUGGGUUCUUCUGGUGCAGGUAAGACUACGCUUUUGAACUGUUUGUCUGAAAGAGUCACUACUGGUGUUAUCACUGAUGGUGUCAGAAUGGUUAAUGGUCACUCUUUGGAUUCUUCUUUCCAGAGAUCCAUUGGUUAUGUCCAGCAACAGGAUUUGCAUCUUCCUACCUCGACUGUCCGUGAAGCCUUGAGAUUCUCCGCCUACUUGAGACAACCCAAUUCGGUUUCAAAGAAGGAAAAGGAAGAAUACGUUGAAUACAUCAUCGACUUGUUGGAAAUGUACGACUACGCUGACGCUUUGGUUGGUGUUGCCGGUGAAGGUUUGAAUGUUGAACAGAGAAAGAGAUUGACUAUCGGUGUUGAAUUGGUGGCCAAACCCAAAUUGUUGUUGUUUUUGGAUGAGCCUACUUCUGGUUUGGAUUCGCAAACUGCCUGGUCCAUUUGUAAGUUGAUGAGAAAGUUGGCAGACCAUGGUCAAGCAAUUUUGUGUACUAUCCAUCAGCCCUCUGCUCUUUUGUUGAAGGAAUUUGACCGUUUGUUGUUCUUGCAAAGUGGUGGUCAGACUGUGUACUUUGGAGACUUGGGUGAAAACUGUUCUACCUUGAUUGAAUACUUCGAGAAAUACGGUUCUCACCCAUGUCCUAAGGAAGCUAACCCUGCCGAAUGGAUGUUGGAAGUUGUCGGUGCUGCUCCUGGUUCCCACGCUAAUCAGGACUACCAUGAAGUCUGGAAGAACUCUACCGAAUACAAGGACGUGCACGAGGAGUUGGCUAAAAUGGAAAGAGAAUUGGUUUUGCUUCCAAAGGAUGACUCACCAGACUCGCACUUGAAAUACGCUGCUCCAAUCUGGAAGCAAUACUUGAUCGUUUCGGCUAGAGUCAUCCAACAAAACUGGAGAUCGCCUGGCUACAUCUACUCCAAGUUGUUCUUGGUAUUGUCUUCUGCUCUUUUCAACGGUUUCUCUUUUUUCAAGGCUGACAGAUCGAUGCAAGGUUUGCAAAAUCAAAUGUUUGCCAUCUUUAUGUUCUUCAUUCCUUUCAACACCUUGGUGCAACAGAUGUUGCCUUACUUUGUUAGACAGAGAGAUGUCUACGAAGUGAGAGAAGCUCCUUCCAGAACAUUCAGUUGGUUUGCCUUUAUUACUGGCCAGAUCACUGCUGAAAUCCCAUACCACGUUGCUGUCGGUACUUUAUCAUUCUUCUGCUGGUACUACCCUGUUGGACUCUACCAGAAUGCAGUCCCAACCGACCUGGUUAACUCUCGUGGUGUCCUCAUGUGGUUGUUACUUACGAGUUUCUUUGUCUACUCCGGUACCAUGGGUCAGUUGUGUAUGGCCUUCAACGAAUUGGCCGACAACGCUGCUAACUUGGCUACAUUGUUGUUCACCAUGUGUUUGAACUUCUGUGGUGUCUUAGCUGGACCUGAUGUGUUGCCCGGCUUCUGGAUUUUCAUGUACAGAGCCAACCCCUUCACAUACUUGAUCCAGGCUAUUUUGUCUACUGGUUUGGCCAACACUUCAGUAGUCUGUUCUCCAAAUGAGUUGGUUCCUUUGAACCCUCCUAAUGGUCAAACUUGUUUGGAAUACAUGCAACCCUACAUCGACGCUACUGGAGGUUACUUAGUUGACGAGAAUGCCACAUCAGGAUGUCAAUUCUGUCAAAUGGCAAAAACCAACGAUUUCUUGAAGUCUGUCAACGCCUUGUACUCUGAAAGAUGGAGAAACUUCGGUAUUUUCAUUGCCUUCAUUGCCAUCAACAUCAUCUUGACUGUUGUAUUCUACUAUUGGGCCAGAGUUCCAAAGGGUACCAGACAAAAGAAGUCGUCCAAGUAG